AUGUUCACAAUGAGCUGUUAUGCCCUCAUCACUGCCACCAUUACAGUCACCUCCAACAAGCCUGAGCAGAUCAUGGCAGCCCGCAUCCUCAACUACGUCUACGUCGGGAUGGAGCUCGCCGUCGUGCCUAUCUUCCAGUCUGAAAUAGUCCCAGCUCCAGUCCGCGGGCUUGUCGUCGGCUCGUACCAACUCAGCCUCGCCAUGGGCGGUCUCGUUAUCAAUUGCAUCUGCUACGGCACAAGUCAUUUAGAUGACAACCGCUCUUGGCGGAUCCCGCUGUCGCUUUUCUACGUGGUUCCGACCCUGAUUGCCCUCUCUAUAUUUUUUAUUCCGGAGUCUCCCAGAUGGCUGCUUCGACAAGGCCGCACUGACGAGGCCAAAGCUGCCCUCCACAAAUUGCGGGAUGGCGCGUUUACCGAACAGCAAAUUGAGCGUGAGUUUCGAGAGGUCCAAUUUGCGCUGGAGAGUGAGGUAGAGCAGGGCAAGUUUUCAGAGCUCUUUCAGGGCGUAAACUUGAAGCGAACUCUUAUCGUUAUUGCUGUGAACUUCUUCCAGCAAGGCGUAGGCCAGGCUUUUGUCUCACAAUACGGCGCCGUCUAUGUUCGAUCCUUGGGCAUUUUCAACCCAAUGCUGUUCAGCGUCAUGACCAGCGGCAUCAAUUCCUGCAUCAUGAUUGUAACCCUCUUCGCCAACGACAGAACUGGCAGACGGCUGCGUGAUCUGUCAUCACGUCUCGGCUUCACAGUCAACGUCAUCUUCAAUUUUGCGGUCAACUUUUCUGUCCCAUAUCUGGUAUUUGCCGAUGAGGCGGGCUUGGGCAGCAAGGUUGGCUUCAUCUUUGGAUCCAUUGCGGCCCUCUCAUUGAUAUUCACCUACUUCUGCGUGCCUGAGUGCAAAGGCAAAACAUUAGAGCAGAUAGAUUGGCUAUUUAGCAAGAAGGUGCCUCUCCGUAAAUUUGGCAAGGCGGAUGUAAGUGGCAUAUUAGACGAGGGAGCUACGCCACUGGACGAUAAGCUUGAGGAUAUCGAGAAGGAACCGCCUAGAACUGCUCAUGCAGAGACUGCUUUGAAGUAA